UUUCGAGUGGGACAGACAACACAUUUGCCUUGUUGCUUUCUAUGAAGCAGUGCUGUGACAGCUGAAGUUACUUUCAAGAAGUCAUCUCAAAGGUGGUCUGGCAGUAUCCAAAUCUUAACUUUUCUUAGCACAGGAGACAAAUCACCUUGAAUUUCUUAAUUUUCCAAGUUGGUGACAAUGGCAACUUAUUUUGGAGUUACCUUAGAAGUGUUUUUCAUCUGGCUUAUGACGUUCAUGGCUCAACACUACUUUAUAACAGGUUCCAGUCUUCCACCUUGCAGGAUCACAGGUGUGGGAAUUUAUCUUGAGGAAAAAGUGAAUUUCUCAGAAGCAAGUAAUGCAUGUAAUCAACUCAAUCUACAGUUGGCAAGUAAAGACCAAGUUGAAAAGGCUUUGAAACAUGGCUUUGAAACAUGCAGCUAUGGCUGGGUGAAGGAUGGAUUUGUUGUCAUUCCUCGAAUAAUAUCCAACAACAGAUGUGGUAGGGGCAACAUUGGACUAGUGCAAUGGUAUGCUGAACACUUCAAAACAUUUCAGGUUUACUGCUUCAAUUCCUCAGAUGUUUGGAUUAAUUCAUGUAAACCAGACCCAACUACAACUAUACUACCUUCAUCAAGUGCACCAACGGACCUCACUGCAUAUUCAGGCUCUGAUUUGACUGAGAAUGUAACAGCAAUGCCCAAUGUGACUGAGGCAGAACAAUCCCUGAAAAACAUAAAAUUCCGUGUAAUAUGUAUAACUGAAACAAUCUUACCAACAGAGGGGACUACAACAAAAAUGCCAGAGGAAUACUCACCCAUUAACUCUCCUAACUACACUUCCCAUGCUGCCUUUAAGAACGAUGCCGUUGUCUUUGGAGGUAUCCCCACAGCACUACUUGUACUGGCAGUCAUCUUCUUCAUUAUUUCAGUUGUUUUAGCAGUCUGCUAUAUCAAAAAGUACAAGAAAACCUUCCCAUUUUCAAACAAGAACCAGCAAAAAGAAAUGGUUGAAACUACUGCUCUCAAAGAGGCUAAGUCAAAUGACAAAACACCUGAGAAGGAAACAAACAAUGGAAAAAAAAUAGAAGAGUCUAAAGCCAAGCCUGAGGCCACAGUAAAAUGUCUAGAAGCAGAAGUUUAAGGGGGAAAAUGUACACUUCUUGAUAGAAAUAUAAAAUGAAGCACACAGAACUCAGCAAUGCUUUUUAACAUGGGUCAUUGUAAAUACGCAUGAAUGAAGAAUUUCUCUAUCUUAACAUAUGAAAACUUGGGGUUUUUUUAGUAAUUGCAUCUUUAGCUAUAAAUGCUCAUGCAGAAGAACAUGGUAUCUUGUUUACUUUAAAUAAAUUUAAAAAUCCAUAUUACAGCUCAUUUUUCAUCUUUAAUAAGGAAGUAAUUAGGAAUAUGCUAUUGAUUAUGUGCAGUCUUUCCACUAAUUGCAUGGAAUUCAGAUCAAUAAAUAAUCAAAAGGUUUGGGGUUUUUUAAUCUGUCUGGAGGACGUCUGCUAACUUAAUGUCUAAAAUAGGAUUAUGAUACUGUAGCUCUUCCACACGUAGAUCAGCUUAUUUCCAAGCAGCAGUUGCAUACUGUUUUAAAAAUGUCUGUUUACAAACAGAAGAAGGAAACCUGUUUACAAGUGAGUAAAAAAGUCAAAGGAUCAAUCCACUGUCAUCCAAAUACCCAAGAAAGGGUACAAAGAUGCUGAUGUUUAUAUAUAUAAAACAAUUAAUAACUUUCUUGGAUAUCUUCAUCAUAUCAUAUUUUACUGAUUUAUUUAUUAAAACUUGUGUCAUUCUUCUGCAUCAGAUACUUGACAGGGGAAAAAACUCACACUGGAUCUCAACAAUGAUAUUUAAGAUCUUUUGUGUAUAUUUAAGUGUGGCUUUCAUAAUAAAGUAAAGAUCUCAUAAUAAUAAGGUAAAAAUCUCAAGUGGUAUGGGAUGUUUGAAGUACUUUAUAAAAAAAAUUAAGUCUGAUAUAUAUGUCUGGACAAUUUAUUGCCACGAAAGGUCUCUCAAAAAGAGCUCAUAUAACCUUAAUAUCACAGAAGUUAUUAGUUGCUAUUAAAGAAUGGCACUAGCAAUUUAUCACAUUUUUUCAUGAAUAAAUGGUUUGGAUAACUUGUUUUUA